GGGUCGGGAGACGAAACUGAAGAAAACCGGAGGGGGUCAGGCGUCAGCUCGACCGCUGGAUGGAGCCUGACUUUCCCGGCAGACGGGAGAGAGAGAGAGACCCCCGGGUCACGGCAGCAUCCGUUCCGAUUCCAUUCCACGGACAAUUGCGUUUUCCGCAGUCUCUCUCUCUCGGCUCUCGCUCUCCCUGGCCGUCGCCGUCGCUCCCCUCGGGUUGACUUGACUUCCACACACACACACACACAUACCUCCCUCCCCUGGCCACUCCAAUCCCGUUUUCUUUUGCUCUUCUUCUCCUCUCCCUCUCUCUCUCCCCGGUGCUUUGUCAGCCCCCUACGCCCCCCUCGACCGAGUCCGCAAUCUUGGAUUGCGCCGGUGGACUCGAGCACGGCCGCGGGCGAUUAUCUGUGCUUGGUGUUAGAUUUUCUUCUUCCGGUGGAGAAAAUCUUUCCAAUUAGGGGCAACUGGUGGAAGAACUCUGGCCUAAUCCGUUAAGAGGCAUAUAAAUCUACACAAUGAUGGCUGCUGAGUUAGUUAAGCAGUGUUCAAACAUCACCCUGGGAGAAGAAACAGACAUGUGUAGUAUUAGAUAUGAUCUCAAGGCAUUGCGGAAGAAGAUCCUUAGUUUGGAUUUCCAAAACUCUAUACAUGUUCAUGAUCCACAGAACUCAUUUGAGUACUUAGAAGUUCUGUACAAAAUUCGGCAACUGUCUGAGAGGUUAGGGAACUUGGACCCUGGUGAAGAAGCCAAAGAGCACAAGGAACUCACUGUAUAUGCUGAUGAACUUUUUGAAAUGGCAAUGGCAACGCUUGAAGAGGAGUUCUUUUACCUUCUUACACACUACAAACAACCAUUAGAACAGGAACUUCUCUCCUUCCGUUCUACAGAGGAUGGUAGCACAGAUGAAUUUUCAAGCAGCUCAUUCAGUGAGGAACAAAGUGAAGGGAAGUCAACACAAACUGUUAGUAGCGGAGGAUCAGAAUAUUUUGUGGCUGAUUUGAUUCAAACUGGUGCACUCUCUGCUGUGAGGUCCAUUGCUAACUUCAUGUUCCUGAGUGACUAUGAUAAGGAGUGUUGCCAGGCUUAUAUAAAUGCACGGCAGGGUGCAAUAGAUGAGUUCAUUGGGUCUCUGCAUAUUGACAAGCACAGUAUAGCAGAACUUUUGAGCACUAAUUGGACCAAAUUAAGUUCAUUGAUAAGGAAGUGGAACCGGGCAAUGAAGGUUUUUGUUCGAGUCUACCUUGCAAGUGAGAGGCGCCUCAGCAAUCUUGUCUUUGGUAAACUUUCAGAAUCAACUGCAAAUUUGUGCUUCUAUGAGAUUUCAUUUAGCUCAGUCAUGCUGCUCCUGAGCUUUUAUGAAUCUGUAGCAAUUGGGCCUCCUAAACCAGAAAAGCUUUUUCGCAUGCUUGAUAUGUACGAAGUCCUAGAUGAUCUACUCCCUGAAGCAGAGUUCUUGUUUCAAGCAGGGUACGGUGAUAUGGUUUUAACCGAGUACCAUGAAGUCCUACUCAAACUGGGAGAAUCAGCAAGGAAAACAUUUGCAGAAUUCAAGUAUGCCAUCCAAUCCUACACAUCAUCCAGUGCAGUGCCUAGUGGUGCAGUGCAUCCCCUUACAAAGUAUGUUAUGAACUAUAUAAAGGCUGUCACAGUUUACAGUAAAACUCUCGAUUUGCUUCUCAAGGGCAUGGAUCGAAGUUACCACCAUUUCUCCGCUGAUAUUCAGUCCAUGACAAACUCGUACCCUCAUUUCACUGUUACAGCAUUGCAUCUGCAGUCCGUUGCUGCAGUUUUAGAAGCAAAUCUUGAAGCUGGGUCUAGAUUGUACAGAGAUGGCCGAUUGCGGAGCAUCUUUGUGAUGAACAAUAUCUACUACAUGGUCCAGAAAGUGAAGAACUCAGAUCUCAAAAGCUUUCUUGGUGAUGACUGGAUACGGGGGCACAAUCGGAAGGUACAGCAUCAAGCGACGGACUAUGAGAGGGCUUCGUGGAGCCAUGUCCUCUCUUACCUGUGUGACGAUGGCUUAUGUGCUGCCGGAGAUGCUGCGUCUCGUAAAACUAUUAGGGAGAAAUUCAAAAAUUUCAACCAGUCUUUUGAAGAAGUUUAUCGAGUUCAGACAGCAUGGUCUAUCCCAGAUGAUCAACUCCGUGAAGAUGUCAGGAUUUCCAUAUCACUGAAAGUUAUACAGGCCUAUAGGACAUUUGUUGGAAGAUACUCUAGCUUCCUUGAUGGCACAAAGCACCGAGAUCGCUGUCUAAAGUACAGGCCUGAGGAUUUGGAGGAACUUUUGCUGGACCUGUUUGAAGGAACUCAAAAGACAUUGCAGCAUUAAUGCUGAGCUUGAAGCUAAUCUGGAAGAUUAUCAUAUCACGGUUUUUACAUUAUGGAAGAAAAGCACCCCUGGCCUCUACUCACAAAGAUUCAUACAGCCAAGAUAUCAUGUCAAGGUUGCUGUAAAUUUUGCUCUGUAUUAGUUUUUCAAAUGAUACUUCCGUUUAUUUAUUAGAUUUUUUUGCUAUAGUGAUGUUCAUGCUAAAAAAAUGUGUUGAUGUCUUGCGUUUGCCAGAACCUUCAUAACAGGAAGCCUGUAUAGUUUCUUAAUAUAUAUACCUGCCAGUUAUUCUGCAA